AUGAUGCUUACGAGCAUGGGAAUUUUGAAUGUUGGUCGCGGCAAGGUUGAAACCAUCAGAUUUGCGCGAUAUCGCCGCUGUCAUGACUAUGAGCUGUCCUACUGGUCUCAUUAUCUGUGGAAGUAUCAUGAAGAGAUGUCAUUACAUAGGGCAAUGGCAAUGUUGUUCCUCGGUGAUGGGAGAUACGGUUUCAAACGCGACAAUCUUUCGAUAGCUCUGCUUGUAAUAUCAAUGUACCCAAUUGUGGCACAUAAUGUUGCUGACAACAGGUUGUAUCAUCAACCGUUGCGUUUUCUAUGGACGCAUGCUGUAGAGCCUCGGCUGUUAGUACCAGUUUGUCGAAGUAAAAAUAAACCAAUCCAGUGCGAUGUUGAGAUACGGUUCAAAAAUCCCUCCAUGUCGUUACCAUACUACUAUGGUUUGGCACCCAUGGUUCUACCCCCACUGGAUGAUGUAAUCUCAAUUGCUCUUCGCGGUCCUGGCGUAGAAGAGUUGCACUUUGAUCUGACCAAUGAAAAG